AGUCAUCUGUUAAUUGUCACCUUCAUAUUCCAGAGUACAAAACAGGCUGCACACUUCAUUAAUAUUUUUUUUCUCCAAUGCAGACCGUCAAUGGAUGGAAAUUCCCAGGAGGUCUGUCUAAUCCUGGCGAAGACAUUGGAGACACGGCAGUUCGAGAGGUUUUUGAAGAGACUGGCAUCAAGUCAGAGUUCAAGUCCAUCCUAAGCAUAAGACAGCAACACAAACACCCCGGAGCCUUUGGGAAGUCAGACAUGUACAUCAUCUGUCGCCUGCAGCCCUCCUCCUUCACCAUCAACUUCUGCCAGCAGGAGUGCUUGCGGUGUGAGUGGAUGGACCUCGAUGAGCUUGCCAGGACAAAACAUGCUACUCCCAUCACGAGCAACGUAGCUAAGCUGUUACUUUACGGAUACCGGGAAGGGUUUGAUAAAAUUGAUAUAACCAUGAGAGAGUUUCCAGCUGUUUACACAGGCCUCUUCUACAAACUAUACCACAGGGAGCUGCCUGAAUCCUACAGAAACAUUACAUGAUAGCAACAAAUUUCACAUGAUUAUAUUAAUAAUUUACAGUUUUUAUUGUAGAGUUACUUAGAUCAUAUUAAAAUUAUUCAUGGACUUCUUAUUUUUGGGAAGAAAAAAAAAUCAGUAUUUAUUCUCUAAUAAGCUACAGAUAUAUAAAUUAUUUUAAAUGGCAAGUUUUCCUGUUAGCGUGCAUCAGAUUAGUUUCCCUUUACUCCAUAAAGUGAAUAUAAAGUAAAUAAAAUAGCUCUAUAGAAAUCUCUAGCAGAAAAUAGAAGUGUUAUUGAUCCUGAAAAUAGAUUCUCUACGUAAUUUUACCUCCACACACACUGGCACAAUAGGCUUACAGAGCAGUAUGAAGACAGGAAGAAACAUUCAUGUUUUAAUCUUUCUGCAAAAGUAGCUGAUAACAGCAAAUAACUGCUUCUAUUUUUACUAGUUUGGUGAGGAGUAGGAAAUUCUACCUCUUAAAGUGUAGUGUGGCAUAUGUUCAGGAUCCGCCAUGCAAAUCAGCUUUUAGCAGACAUUGGAAGAAAAAGGAUAGCUUUCUGUCCAGGUCCAGUUUUUGGUCCGGGCUUGUACUGUCCAGUCCUUUUCAGUGCCACAUACCAAUCAGAGUACUUCCGUGACCGGUAAGUGUUAUAGUUAUUAGAUUCCAAGCGCUCGAAAAAGAAACAUUCCUCUGUUGCACAUUUCUAAAAGAGAAAAAGAAAGGGAUUAUUGGUCCUUCAUCACAACCCGUCAGUUGGUCUGAUUCACGGGACUAACUUAUGACAGUAACUUAGCAGUACAUUCAGUUUUAAGAAAUUUGUAUGAAAUGUUUCAUGCUUAAAGAAAAAUACAAUUACUGUUAACGUAUUGUUUAAAACACCUACAAAAAUAAUUUUUAACUAUGAUUCACUAAUUGUCUUUAAUAAAGACAGCAGAUUCUA